AUGCGAUACCGGACAACCUUCGCAGCCCUUGUCGCUCUCGCUCAGCCGCUCGCCAAGGUUGGCUGGCAAUCCGAGCUGCGACCACUCAAUACUACAGAUGUACGAGGGAUGACUGAACUGUUAGCUCAGGAAAGCGAAGGUAGAAGAACACUGGCUUGGAUUUGGAUGGCCCCUGGAGCCGGUGAAGGCAGUGCCGGAGACACGCAAGACUCUCUUCGAAUAGAGUGGUGCAAGGCAAGAGCAAGAGCUCAUAGGUGGACAGAAGAAUGCCAGUUGCUGGAGGAGGAGAUGCACUGUGUCCUCGAGUUCCAAGAGUGGAUCGCAUCUUGGUGGCUUGACCAGGUGGAAGGGACUGUUGCGAGGUUGCCCGAACAUGAAGAGGGCUGCAUUGUGUAUGCAUAUCGCCAGGCUGAAAUACGCCGAGCCAUGAGCAGCAUCUGUGAACGAGCAUGGAAGGACGUGCCGGAAUGGCUGAAGAUAGAAGAUGAUGUGGAUUAG